CAUAUCGUUACACACUGCAGUACUGAACACACAUUGCAUGUGCUGCAGUCGUGCAAACUGUAUGUAGCAAUAGGUCUCAAUCUUUCAGACAAUCAAGGUGUAGGUGUAGAUGCAUAUAGUUGCACGCCAACAGGAAGUUCUGAUAUUGUCGGGUUUCAGAAAACAGAAGCUCCAUCAGCAGUUUCAAGAACAAGGGGACGAGGGAGAAGACAUCUGCCGAGGAUGACAGGAACGGCACCGGCGGCGUGGUUCAUCUUCUUCUUGCUGGUUUUCGUCGGCGGCGUCUCCGCCGCGGCGUUCUCGUUCCGCCUCCUCGUCUACCUCGCGCUCUGCCUGAGCCGGCCAAAGGACCUGCGCCGCCGGUACGGCGCGUGGGCCUUGGUCACCGGCCCGACGUCCGGCAUCGGCCGGUCCGUGGCGCUGGAGCUCGCGCGCCGCGGCCUCAACCUCGUCCUCCUCGACCUCGACGCCGCCAACCUCCAGGAGACCUUCGACGUAAUCACGUCUCGCCACGGCGUGAAGACGAGGACCGUGGUGUUCGACCUCUCGCUCGUCGGCACCCCUCAAGGCGACGAGUCGAUGCGGCGGCUCCGGGCGGCGAUCGAGGGCCUGGACGUCGGCGUGCUGGUGAACAACGCCGGUGUGGGGAGGCCGGCGGUGGCGUACCUGCACGAGGCCGACGUGGAGGCGUGGGUGAGGAUGGUACGGGUGAACCUGUGGGCGCUGACGGAGGUCACGGCCGCCGUCCUGCCGGGGAUGGUGGAGCGCGGCCGGGGCGCCGUACUGAACAUGGGCUCGGCGUCGUCGGAGGCCAUCCCCUCCUUCCCACUCAACACCAUCUACGCCGCCACUAAACGGUACGUUUCUAAGUUCUCGAGGAGCCUUUACGUCGAGUAUAGAAGCAAAGGGAUUGAUGUGCAGUGCCAGGCCCCGUUCUUCGUGGCGACCAGGCUGGUGCCCAGCGCCGUGCUGGACAACUGGCUCUCGCCGUUCGUCCCCACGCCGGACGCCUAUGCCCGCGCGGCGGUGCGCUGGAUCGGGCACGCCCCGCUCUGCACCCCCGCCGUCGGCCACCAGCUCCUGUGGUGCCUCGCCGGCGUCCUGCCGGACGCCGCGCACGACUGGCUCCGCCUGCGCGAGCACCUGCGGUUCAGAGCGCUGUUCCAGAGAGAGAGGGCGGCGAUGGCGUCGGCAGCUGAUCGGGGCCGGGAGAGAAAACGACGCACGCCAAAAAAUGAGUUUUUUUUAGUUUGGCUAAUAACACUAUCGGAAAACCCACAUAUGCCGAGUGUCAAGAUCUUUGCCGAGUGCAGAAUCUCGAACACUCGGCAAAACUACUAUUUGCCGAGUGCCAAAAAAUAUGCACUCGGCGAACAACUGGCACUCGGCGGCCUAUCUCUUUGCCGAGUGCCAGCCAGAUGGCACUCAGCAAAGACACACUUUGCCGAGUGCCAGUCAGUUGACACUCGGCAAAGAGCGUCACGUGCACCGCACCCACCCGCAGACGACCGUUACGGUGGGGGAUGCUUUUGUUUGCCGAGUGCCUACAUGCGGACACUCGGCAAACAAAUCUUUGCCGAGUGCCCCACAGUCGACACUCGGCAAACACUGUCACGUGCACCGCACACGCCAGCUCUCCAAGGCCGUUACGCUGUUGCCACGAACGUUCCCAUUUUUCCACGGCCGUUACCAUUAUGCUUCGCCGAGUGCCAAAUUGGGGCACUCGGCAAACAUAUUGUAAUGCCGAGUGUAAUGGAACAGGCACUCGGCAUUUACUAAACUUUGCCGAGUGUCGUCUUUGGCACUCGGCAAACAAAUACAAAAACUUUCUCCAACAACCUCCAAACUUUUUCCACCGUUCUCAUACUAUGUGAAAGACAUCAUAUUUAAAUUUGGCAAAUUAUCCUUUAUGCUUACUAUAUUUAGAUUAUUUAUUUGAUUACAAGAAUAUUUUGUGUAUAAUUCAAAUUUGAACUGCCAAAUGUUGUCAAAAGUGUUGAUAAUUAAUGGAAAAAUUAUAUUCAUGUUAUUGAGUCAAAUUUGAGGGUCUGUACAAGAAUUUAAAGAAAAAAAUCAAAUAUCUUAUUCAGGAAACAUAGCAAUGAAUUUGUGGCCGAAUAGAUUUUAAAUUCUAUAAAACACAAAUGAAGUCCGAAAAUUAUGAAAUUUGUAGUGAAAGCAUGAUAUCAUAAGUAGAAGCUGUGGAAAAAAUUUGAGAAGAUUUCAAAAAAGUUAUCACAUACGUU